AUGAAGGGUGGCGGCGGCCAGCAUGCGUUCAAAAUCAGGGAGAUGCAUGAUCAGUACGGUCCCGUCAUCCGCAUCAACCCCCGCGAAGUCCACAUCGACGGCAGAGCAGACCCAGCCUUCUGGGACAUACUCUACUCACACUCGAACAAGCUAGACAAAGACAGCGCCUACUACGACGGCUUCGGUGCUGGUCUUUCAGCCGUAUCAACCGGACCAGCUGACCUCCAUCGAGCGAGGCGAGGCGCCAUGGCAAACUACUUCUCCAUGAACAACAUCCGCAAGUACGAGCCGAUGGUGCUGGAGCAGAUCUCAAAACUCUUCGCUCGGCUGGAGAAGUGUAAAACGAAUGAUGAAGUGGUUGAUCUUGGCAAUGCAUACAGAUGCCUCACGACAGAUGUAAUCACCUCCUUCGCCAUCCCCGAGCCACGAACGAUGCUGGAUCUGCUAGAUUUUGGCAAGGACUUUAAUCGACUUCUUCGAGAUUUCGCGAAACUGAUCACUUUUCAACGACAUCUAAAGAUUGUCUUUCCGUUGCUAUCAGCCAUUCCGGACUGGCUUACAAUACGCAUGGACAAGACAGGAGCCUCCUUACAGAUGGUGGACUUUCAACGCUCUUACGAAAGGCAGACACAACUUGCGAUCGAUCGUAAAGGCAAUCUUGCAGCAGACCAGAGCCCAUCGAUCCUCGACAGUCUAGCCACUUCCUCCGAGCUCAAGGACCGCGACAAACUCGCCCCUCGUAUCAUUGAAGAAGCACGCAACACUGUAGGCGCCGGCACCGAGACCACCGCCUCCACCCUCACAACCCUAACCUUCCACCUCCUGUCCAACCCACCCAUCCUCGUCAAGCUCAAGAAGGAGCUCUCAUCAGCCAACCCAUCCUCUUCCACCGACGAACUUCUCGAUUACCGUACCCUCGACCCCCUCCCCUACCUCAACGCCUGCAUCUCCGAAUCCCUCCGCCUAACCAACCCCGUUACAGGCCGGCUUCCCCGCAUCAACCCCCGCGCGGCUACAACCUGCACCACCCUUUCCGGUACGACAUAUGUCUUCCCACCCGGCACGGUGAUGAGCAUGAGCAUGCCGGACAUGCACUCGAACCCCUCCAUCUUCCCCUCCCCAUCUUCGUUCAAACCAGAAAGGUGGCUCAAGUGCACGGACGAGGAGAAAGCGGGGAUGCAGCAGGCUUUCGUCCCGUUUGGACGCGGGAGCAGGGCGUGUAUUGGUAUGGAGUUGGCGCGGAUGGAGGUGCUGCUUAUGGCGGGGAAUUUGUUUGGGAGGUUCGGGAUGGAGUUGUGGGAGACGAGGGAGGAGGAUGUGGGGUGGAGGCAUGAUUUCUUUGCGCCUUUUGGGCCGGCGGAUAGUAAGGGGUUGAGGGUGAAGGUUGUGUAG